UUGUACGUCGGAGAUCGCGGCCGUCGCGUAACGCUCGUCAACGAUUUUCCGCGUCCGCGUCAGCGUCCGCGACCGAUACCUAGACCGACGGGAACGCGUAUCGACGCGAGUACAUCGAUCGUCGAAAUCCCUCGGAGGAAACGGUUUCGACGCGGCCAGGAACCACCAAAGAAAAUCUAGCGAUGUAAAGAGUUGGCGGUGCGAUCGCGAAGAAGAAGGACGAUUCGCACGAUAAACCGUGGGAACGGCGAUAACGAGAAAGAAAAAAGACAGCCGAGCUCGUCGAAGCGCGGCUGGAUUCGAGUAUCUUCGAGUGACGGUCGUCGAUAUGUUAAGAAACUUUGGCUUCGUGACCGUGACCACGUUCGAGGAUGACGCGCGGGAUUGCGCGAACAGGAUUUACGACCGAUCCACGCCCGAGGACUGUACUUUGCGCGCAGAAAAUCUGACAACGGAUCCACUGGAGUCCAAAAAGAUCGAAACGAUCGGACGCGAUCUAACGGUACCGGCGACAUCGACACCUGUGCUAGCAACUCUGACGACAGCGACGACGACGAGGACGAGGACUAGGACGAGCACGGUAGCGCGCGAGAACGAGAAUAUCGAAACGAUGCACGAUACAAGAAUUUACACCGACUCGUUUAUCGCGAGUUGCGCGGAACUCGCUGGUUACGGCGAGCCGGAUCGCGACACGGAAGACUCCGCGUCAACCUGGCACUCUCAGGCUCGUCGACGAUGCUUACACAUUCGCGAUUGGUUGCAAAAGAUGUGUUCGUGUCUGGAGAACGGUAAUCCGAUUUCUAGGUUUUCCAACCCAUCCAUGACUCGAGUAGGAAAUUACAGACGACUCGGGUCUCGAUGCAACGCGUUCGAAUUCAGUCGUUCGCUGGCGGGAACACAAACGAGAUGCGAUCGGUGCGAUCAACACGAUGGAUCAGUUUCUCAAAACUGUUAUUAUAGCGGAGGCAAUUACGACGAUGAAAACUACGAAGUCGACGGUGGCGGUGGCGGCGGCGGUGGUGGUAACGGAGAUAAAGACGAUCGAAUAGAGGAAUUGCGUUUCUACAACGACGAUCACACUUGGAACAGCUUGGUCGUCGAAAAGAAUCUGCGUACGAUCGAUUUAUGCCAACUACUUAAAGUGAAGAGGAACGUGUCCGGAGUCGCGUGGUCUAUCGUGGAGACCUGGCCACAGUUGGGAAUCGAACGUACUCUGGAAGAUCACGAGGACAUUUCGGGCGUUCACAGAGAACUGAGAAUGUUCGCAUCUCGGGACACUAAAAUAUUUGUCUUCAGACCAGAUCUCCUCAAGUACGAGUUCUUUGUCAAAUCCAAGAAACGCUGUCCCGGCGACACGAGCGCGUUUCCCGCGGCUGUCGCUAUCGUGGAUAACGAUGGAACACUGAUCGACGCCGAGAUCGCUUUAAGAAUGUUUCUAGUGCAAGACAACACGGAAUGCCCGCAAGUGUUGAGCUUGGUAUGGGUACGCUUCGGAUAUUUGGACGCUUGGAGAAAAACGUACAUGCUGCUGCGCGAGAGAAAGCUCUACGUUACGAACAAGAUUAAUUCGGUGACGAUGCCAGCCACGGGAACCACGACCACGAAGACUUUGCCUGAGCGAAUACUGCCGGAUAACGGACAGCUGACUCCGGUUGCUCAUUUGUCGGAUUAUACGGUGUACAGGAUCCUAAACGCGAAAAGGUGUUUCAACGCGCCUUUCGAGUGGGGCCUUUGCCUGAGGCCAUCCAGCAACGCCGAAGCCGAAGGCACCGAGGCUGGAGAAUCCGGGCUCAAGGUCAUCGCUUUCCACAGUGAAAAGUCCCGCGUUUGCUGGCUCACGGCCAUGAGACUCGCCAAGUAUGGCAAGCAACUCAGGGAAAACUACCGAGCGUUCAAGAACAAACAGUGCGAGCAAGCCAGCGGGGACAAUCCGAAGGAACGAUACGCCAACUACGACGUGUCCAACGAAUCGACGCGAUCUCGCGUGGCCAUGGAUUUCACCGGAAGCGUCGGAAGGAUCGUGGACGAUCCGAAGGAGGCCAAGGACAUCGCCGAGAGCGAAGGGAUCAAUUGGCGUCGAACCUGGAGACCGUUCUCGAGACCGUCGCCCGGGUGCUCGGUGGUCCGGUUCCACGGACUCGACGACGGCAUUCACGUUUUGCAGCCGUGGUUUCACAGAGGGCUGAAGAGAGACAUCGCCGCGGCGAUCGUAAGGGACCACGGUUCCAUAGACGGCGUGUUUCUGGUUCGCGAGAGCAGAAGCAAUUUGGGGGCGUACGUGUUGACCUACAAAUACAGCGACAAAGUGUUUCACGCGCAAAUCCAGCCUGUAUUCGACGAGCGAUGCAAUUGCUGGCUGUACACCCUCGACAAGGGUGUAACCAAGUUUUACGAUCUUCUACAGUUGAUCGAGUUUUAUCAGCUGAAUGCGGGCUCCCUGCCGACGCGGUUGACUCACUACGUGCAGAACGGCGUUCCCGUUCCCAUCCCCAGGUCCGAAGACGGCGGAGCGUCGCCCUCGCCGCCCGAGGCUUGUCACAGAUUCGGCACGCCUUCCUGCGUACAUCCGGCGAGUUUCCCCAGCCACGGGAGCAUCUGAGGAUAGGCGUUCCAGCGACCCGUCACCGUCGACGAGCGUCUCGUCGCUCGCGCUCAUCCUCCGAACGGAUGCGCGACCGCGAACGAUCGUCCGACGCGAUCGGGUUGCUGGAAUUUGUGCCUCUGCAGCUACAACAAGUGGAACUUGUAGCGUCAUUUUCACCUUUCCUUUCCUUUCCUUUCCUUUCCUCUCUUUUACUCUACUCUACUCUGCUCUCCGCGUGUCGUGAAUUGCGGACUCGCGCCUUAUUCGCUCAAGAGCAACGAGAGGAAAUCGAACGAAACUUUCGAUCGCGAAAAGAUUCGUAAUCAGGAAGAGGAGUUUCGACGUAGGCUGGCUUUUCUCUACAAAGAGCGCAACUCGGAAACAAGCGAGACGCGUCGUCUCCGCGUCGACUACCGCGCGACCUUUCUCCUCUUCCCGCGGUCGCGAGCCCCUUGACUCGUUGCCGCGCCGAGAUAUACUCGAUCGCGAAUCGCCUUCUUCCAUCCUACCGCGGAGACGUUCCUCGCGAACAACCGCCGAUUCAAAAAUCGACUUUGACAGCGGUCCGUCAAUCUCGAUUUUUUACGACGGCUCCGCGAUUUACGCAAUCGAGUCGGGAAGAGGAGAAGACGCGACGAAGCAAACGGGAACGUACGCGCCCCCUCGAACACGCUACAGACUGACGAGUCGUCGUCGUCGUCGUCGCGGACGACAUCGAUUCUUAUUAUUAAGACGACCAUUAUGGAUAGAAAUUGUUACGAUAAAGUAUAUUUUGUACAAACAUGGACGGAAGAAUCGACGCGCGAUUCGUCGGGUCGCUACCGAGACCGUAUUUGAGUUUCGCUUUCGCGACUCGAUCCGAUCGCGUUCGUCGUACGAGAAAGAACAAUUAUUGGAUAUUUAUAUUCAAAUAAAUAUAUAGACAACAGAGUAACGUUCCACUGCGUAUUUAUUAUGGACGAAACGAAAACAAGGUAAACAUAAGUUUGCGUACGAUAGCGUGUGGUUGCGAGCAGACACUGUCGGCUCAAUAAUUUUACGCCGACUCGCGUACCGAGUGCGUACAAUACUACGAAAAACUGAAUAACCUGUACCUCUAAUAAAGCCUCGAGCGUGGCGACGAACCACGUCUGGCUGUGGGGUUUUGUCCACAGAAAACCUCUUCUGGCAUAUUCAAAAUACGACUAAAUUUUAGCUAAAAUCCAAUAAUAAUAAAACGGAAUUUCACUAUCUAUUCACCGACGUGCCGACCCAGUCGGCUGGCGGCGAGGGAGCGAAUGCACGAGACGGGAGUUACUUUCGAUGCGUUCGGUUUGAUCGGAGCGAUCUGUGAGAGAAGGGAGAACUCUUGGCGCAGUCGGAUCGGCGAGGAGACGAACGCACGAGAAAGGAACACUGUUCGUGCACUCGGUUCGGACAAGAAAAGACGACUACGAGGAACUCCACGGUCGUCUUGGCGGUUCUACGCCUCUGGAAUCUCAGGUUUCCGGAUUUCAGAGGCCCACCUUAUACACCGAUCGUCGGUGAGCCGGAGUUGACGUUUGCUUUUCGUUUACCGAUGCUACUCGCUUGUAUUCGUGACGAGUCUACGCAAGGCGUCACGAUGCGAUACGGCACGUGUCAAAGGAUUGUAUUUCUUACUUCUCUUCCCGACCACCGACACCGCCUCGUUUUCUCCUCGAACCUUGGCGUUCGUUCUUUCGGUAUAUCGACACCCGUGUCUUUUCGCGAACACGGAAAAUCGAACGUUGGCCAGCAAGAACGGUAACAAUCUCGAUAUCAACAUCAACGAAACAUCUCGAGUUUUGCUACGUUAUACAUUUGUACGAACCUUUAAUAAGCAAUAAAACACGUAAAUAGAAGAAGCGAUCUGAUCUCU